AUGGAUCCAGAGGUGCUGAGUGCGUUGGAAGCAUGAGAAGUCUCUUGGAAUGUUUUGAGAGGAAAGAAUGUCCUGAGGUACUGCCAAGUGAAGUGUGUGUGAAUGCAUCUCUGGGGAGAAGGGAUCUGUGCUUUUGCUUGGGUCACUUUCCCUGUUCCAGUUGCGUGGUAUUGACUGUCCAACCGUGACCAGAAGGAAAACCCCCUUCUGCAUGUGCCUACCUUUUCCACCCCACACUUUUUCAUCCCUGAAUUCGCAGCCUUUUUAGGGUCAUAGUCUAAUCGGAGCGAAGUUGAAAAUGCGGAGGACAGCCAAGGUCUCUUGGCACUCACUUUGGACAAAGAGCGGGGAAUUCUGAAUGUUUAAGACCUCGGGCCUCCACUGGAAGACAAAGAAAAAAGGAAAUGAAACACACCAUAAAGAAGAUAGUCUAAAUAUAGCUUUUCUAUGGAGAUAUGCGCAUAUUUGUGCACAGGUGACAGCAACACACGCUUUGUGCAGAAACAGAAGAUGCCCCAAAUAAAGGCAAUUUAGUAAUAUGCACACAUUCUCACAACCCCCUUGUGAUGUGCCUAGCAUGGCCAGGAGAGAAAGGCUUGGCAAAGUUGGACUUUGAUUUGAAAGUGGCGCCAAAUGUAAUUUCUAUAAUACCCAGAGAAACACACAACAAAAACAUUCUAUUAAGGUUACAACACUUUGUAGAUGGAAGCCCUUGUGGAUGCUGCGUUAAAAUGGUUUAUUCUACUUUCCCUUAAAAAAAAUAUUUUUUGGGGGGGGAGGUAAACAGUUUACUUAUCCAGGUAAGGAGAGAUUUCAUCUCAACCAAUGCAGAAUUUGAACCAUGUUCUGUUUCAACAAUAUUCAAAGAACAAUGGUCCACAAUAUUAAGGGAAGCUGGGCAAGUUACAUCCCACAUUAUUUCCAGCUUCUUGGUAGCCUGCUGGUUCUUAGUGAGAUGGAGUCAUCCCCAUACUCUCCAGCUUUUCUCCAGUGAAAAUAGGGACAUCCUAAGGAUCAUAUCAGAAACAGGGAUGGAAACUUGGAGAGUCUGCAUUCCUUAACAAAUGCACUCCAUUUAGAAUGCUUAGGAACACGGGGAGCUGCCUUACACAGAGUCAGACCAUUGGGCCAUUUGGCACAAUACUGUCCAGACUGACCGUGAGGAGCAAUUCAGAAUUUCAAGUAGGAGUUUGGAAAUGCUGGAGGAUGGACUCAGGACUCGCUGCCUGCUAAGCAGAUGUUCUACCACUCAGUUUGGGAAAGGAGAUUCUUCCAUCUCAAUGCUGAUGCUUGGAUGUUCAGUUGGAAGCACUCCCACAACGACAACAAGGGGCUGUAGCCAACAAUUUUUUUCUAAACCACCUGAAAUUAAUAGAUCUAAGUCCGUCAUGUUCCUUAAUUUCUUUGUAGGAAUAAUAGUGAGGUAGGAGAGCUGAGAAUAAUGCCAAUAUAUUUCACAUCUGGCAACCAAUGCGCCCCUUGGGUUUCAGAUAAAAUAUGGGCAGACAAGUCUAAGAAGCCUGGGACACAAAUUUUCACUGCCCUCUAGCGGCUGUGGUGCCUUAUUUACCAGAAGUAAUGCAUUUAGUGUUAAUUCUGGAGGUGUAUACUCAAUGCUGACUAAACUAAGCCUCUGGAAAGGAGAGUGGCAUGUCCCCAUGUCCAACUGAGGUUUGUCUGCAUCCAGUUGUGCCAACAAAGCUCAGCAGGUUCACAAGGGGUUCCAAAUUCAACAGGCUGGUUUGUGGGUUAGCUUGGAGGCAAUGCCCAAUUCAUCAAGGUCAAGAUCUUAAAUUUCCCGGAGAUUUUUCACUGGUCAGUGUUGCAGCCCUAGUUGGGCAUGUGAUUGUGGAGAGCCUUUGCCCUGCAAGGAGUUGCUGUAAUAAAGCAUGAAAGCGGCUCAUUGCCAAACAGAACAGAACGAGGUGCUAAGUCUAGUGUCUGUCAUUUUUAUGCACAGAACGCUUUUCUGCAACUGGGAGUCUUCAUGGUUAAAUGCUACAACCUGCUGUUGAGUUCAGGCAUUGCACAUUCUCUGCCCCAUCUCCCUAUGUAUGUUUUAAAGGAGCUUUUAGUUCACCAAAAUAGCUAAAUUUCCCCACAGUGUUUGUCGUACAAUCCUGAACACAAUUUCAGGUGGACUACAACUUCUGUCAUCGUUGACAUGCUGGUUAUUUGAUUAUUAAUGUAAAUCUAUUUUGUAUAGUUAAGUUUUUACCUCUUUCUUCAGUACAUUUUAUUUUAUUUUAUUUUAUUUUAUUUUAUUGCUAUGGCUAGUGGCUGAUGCAAAUAAAGAUUCUUCUAAUUUGGGGCAGAUGAGAGUCUGCAGGGCCACAGACCUUUGUUCUAGGUAUUUUGUGGGAAUAGCUUCUGAGUAAACUUUGCAGCUGUUAGGCUGCCAAGCAAUCCAGUGCACAUUUACCGUAUUUUUUGCUCUAUAAGAUGCACUUUUCCGCUCCUAAAAAGUAAGGGGAAAUGUGUGUGUGUGUUAUGGAGUGAAUGCAGGCUGCGCAGCUAUUGCUGCGCACUGAUCCCUCUUGCUCUUCUGGCUUCUGGGAUAGCCACACAAAGCCUCCAGAGCGCUCCUUCGCUCAAGAGGUUUUGCGUGGCUUUCUUGUUUCUUGUUUUCCUCCUAGGUGCCUCUUAUGGUCGGGUGUGUCUUAUAGAGCGAAAAAUACGGUACUUUGGCUGUAAACAAAGAAGGCUUCCUUCUGAGUAAAUAUUAAUAGUUGUGCUAUAAAAUUCUGUUUUUCAGAUCUCCUUGCUGGCAUUCUGGAGGGUGUACACCAAAACUAUAGCUCUGCAAGAGGCAAACUUCAGUUCCCAGGAGCCUUUGAGGGAAGCAGUGUGCUUUAAAUGUAUGGCAUGGACUAUCUGAUGAUAAGCGCCGGCUCCCUCGGCCUGAAAGCAGAGAUGUGCACUACACCCCAUAGUCAAAUUCAACUGGAUGUAACCAUCCUCGGGUUCUUUACCUUUUACUUUUAUUACUUCCUGUGAUCUGGACACUAUGUUUCUGUUGAUGUAGCGUAGAGUCACUUUGGAGAAUAAAAGACAUGGUGGAAACAGUACUUUAAGAAAAAGGGUUUAUUCAGCUAUUUACACCUUCAGUCUGCAUGGAGGAAGUCCAGCUCUUACGGCAUGGUCAGUUCAAGAGGCAGCAGUGCAGGCAUACAGCCUCUCUCUCCAAGAUGGAGCUCUCCUUCCCCCUUCUUCCUCCCCAAACCCCUUGCUGUCCCCCAGAGCAGGUACCCUGGCAACCUCCCAAAUCCCCAGUGUUCAUUCACAUCUAGGAGCAAGAGAGAAGUUCCCUUGCAUUGUUAAUGGCCCCUAUUGUACUCUUAAUAGCCACAGAUCAGCCAGGUUAAUUUGCAUAAGCCAGCCCAGGAAUUCCCUGUCUGGAACAGCUCUGCAGUUUAUGUUUUAAUCCAUAUCCCAAUUGAUCAAAAUACUAGCAUUUAUUCAUUCCUAGGGUUUGGGGGGGACUCCCCCCCAAUCUAUUACACUAGCACUAGCUUUGCUGCUGCAUCACACUAUUGACUCAUGUUAAGAUCGUGGUCCACCAAGACCCCUAGAUCCUUUUCACAUGUACUGCUAGUAAGCCAGGUGUUCCCCAUCCUAUAUUUGUGCAUCUUGUUCUUCCUUCCUAUGUGCAGAGCCUGACAUUUGUCCUUACUGAAAUUCAUUUUGUUAGCUGGGGCUCAAUGUAGGGUUGCAAAAAAGAGGAUACAUUUGCCAACUUCUGCUUUUAACUAGGGAUCGCUAUGAUUACCCAUGAAAAAGAGGGCAUGUCCUGGACAAAUGGCAACCCUAAAUUCUGAUUCUUUCUUCUGUGGCAUUAGCUACCCUCCCGGUUUGGUGCCAUCUGCAAAUCUGAUGAGCAUUCCCAUUGCUCAUCAGAGCUUGCUCCCUAUACAUUUCUAAAAUACUGUGGGCUGAUCUUCCUACCAGCCUAUCAGACCUAGAGGCUGUCAGCAGCCCAGCAGCUACAGAGGGGGUGACCUCACAGAGGACCAGCUAAGCAAAAGAAGGUAAUGUACCCAUGACCUCAUAGAGCCCAUGGGGUGGGUUAAGCUGCUCCUCCCAAAUAGCUACCCAGUAAAAGGAAGCCACUGAGACUCUCUCAUCAGAUACUGGGAGUUAAUGAAGUGGAUAAUUUAAGAAUUGGACUUGAAGGACCCUGUCAGGGUGAGUGAGGAGCCAAGCAAAGACCACUUCCCCUCCUUUCAAUUCCCUCCUCCAAAUGACCCCUGGGCUGGUUAUGGAUGUGGGAAAACACACUAGCUCCACCAUGACAAAGCCUCCUGGUUUUCUCCCUCCAUGUUUCCCAAUGAACUGUAUUUCUUAAGAAACCAAACCAAACCCGGAAAGAGAAAGUGUGUUUUGACAUGCAGUGUCCUAACACCUUGAACGACUUUCCCAAGCAGUUGUUUUUUCCACAGUCAAUAUAUGGGAGUCCUUUUAGAAACCUAUUCGACAUGAAUAGGUUUUUCCUAGUUCUUCCAGUAACAUAUUCACAUAUGGUUUUGUCCUCAGAGCUUCCUUGCAAUGUCAAAUUCAAGAGACUUUUUUUUGGGGGAAGAAACAGCAGCCGUGUAGAAGGCAAAGUAAAGGGGGGAUGGGAUGAAAAAAACCCCAAACUCUAUACUUUACAGAGUUGUUAUUGUAAUUCACCAGAUCUUAACCUAUUAAAGUAUUUCCCGAUUUUUAAAGACUUUUUUCCCAACAAAGCCAUUUUGUCAUGGGAGAAAAGGUCAAAUUUAUAUUUUUUUGAACAUGUGAUGCCAUUUUGUUCAAACUGAUGUUAUUUUUUCAAUAGUAUCUCGAAUAGUAACAUAUUUAGACCCGAGUGCCACCCAUCUUUCUUGCAGGGCUACAUAGGAAUAUUCCAAGGUAGCCCAAUUUGGACAGUUAUUUUCAGUUGUGGGUCUCCAGAAUUGUGUAAAGGUAAAGGGUAAAGGGACCCCUGACCAUUAGGUCCAGUCGUGGCCGACUCUGGGGUUGCGGCACUCAUCUCGCUUUACUGGCCGAGGGAGCCAGCGUACAGCUUUCGGGUUAUGUGGCCAGCAUGACAAAGCUGCUUCUGGCGAACCAGAGCAGCGCACGGAAAUGCCGUUUAUCUUCCCGCUGGAGCGGUACCUAUUUAUCUACUUGCACUUUGAUGUGCUUUCGAACUGCUAGGUUGGCAGGAGCAGGGACCGAGCAAUGGGAGCUCACCCCGUCAUGGGGAUUCGAACCGCCUACCUUCUGAUCGGCAAGUCCUAGGCUCUGUGGUUUAACCCACAGCACCACCCGCGUCCCCCAGAAUUGUGUACCUGACAUUAAAUAUGCUUGGAGAUACAGUUCUAAAUCUGGGAUCCCAAAUCCUACUUGAUCAAUUUUUGCAUUGUUUGAAUAGAUAUUCUUGGAACUGAAGAGCCCCAUAUGUAUUUUUAUUUAUUUAUUUUAUUCAAAAUUAUAACAAUACAUAUUAUCCAAAAACAUAAACAUAUCAUCCUUGUCCCCCCCCAUUUUUCCUUCCUCCCCCCUCCCACACUGUCAGCUUUCCAGCUGCUUCGUGUUGCUGCUUUCAGCAGAGAAAGCAUUCCAGGCAGCCAGCCAUAAAUUUCACUCUUUAUUGCCUCCCGACUCAAUUACAGGCAGAAAUAAACAAAGUGAUCCGACUUCCAUGACGCCUUGCUCCAACUAGCGUCUUUUCUCCCUUGCUCCCCCCAGCACAGCGAUCUGCCUGGCCCCUUCCGUCUUUCCCUGUGACAAGGAGCACUCUUUCUCAGAAGUAGCCCCUCCAGCUCAGACUCACUCUCCUCUUCUCUCUCCUCUGAGGACGAAAAACUGCUAAUCAGAGGGGAUCGUUCUCUAUAUCAUCCCUUUCUUUCCUCCCUCAUUGCCUGCAGUUCCCUGACACACACAACCCCCCACCCCGACUUCCCUCAGUUCCAGUCUUUGGUUUCUCUAAGAAUGCUGUUUUCUGCAUGUUACAAAGUUGUAUAGAUCCUCAAACUAUUUAGCUGAUUAUUAUCAAUAAAAGGUUUGUGAAUGUUUAUUCAAAACCUGCCAAGGAGUCCAGUUUGCUUCGAUGCGUCUUCAGAUACUUUGUAAAGGGUUCCCAUUCAUCCUUAAAGUCACAGUUAUCCUUGUCCCGUAGCUUAUAUGUCAAUUUUGCCAGUUCUGCAUAGUCCGUCAAUUUUUGUUGCCAUGAUUCUUUAGUUGGAGUUUCUUCAGUCUUCCAUCCUUGUGCUACCAGAACUCUCACGGCAGUUGUCGCAUACAUGAAGAUGUUUUUUCAGCUUUUUUGGCAGGUCUUUCUCUACAAUCCCCAACAAAAAUGCCUUGGGUUUUUUAACAAAUGUUAAAUGGAACAUUUUCUUCAAUUCGUUGUAAAUCAUUUCCCAAAUUUUUUUAAUUACCUUACAAUCCCACCACAUAUGAUAAAAUGUCCCCCCCUUUUCCUUACACUUCCAACAUAUAUUUGAACUAGUUUUGUACAUUUUCCCUAGCUGCACUGGUGUUGUGUACCAUCUGUACAUCAUCUUCAUGUAAUUCUCCUUCAAUAGGGAACAGUCUGUAAAUUUUUAGUCAGUUUUCCAUAAUUUAACCCAAUCUUCCAUCAUAAUGUUAUGCCCUACAUCUUGUGCCCAUUUAAUCAUAACUGAUUUUACCUCUUCAUCUUUCGUCUCCCAUUCUAAUAAUAUGCUGUAUGCGGCCUUCAGUAGUUUCACUUUCCUUCAAUCACUUCCGUUUGAAACCUAGAUCUAGUAUAACUAAAUCCUUUCUUGCUGUCUUCUUUAUGUGUUUCAUAUAGUUGUCGAUAAUGCAACCAACUCUGAAAGUGGUCUUUGAUCUCCUCAUAAUCUCUUAAUUUCCAUUUUCCAUCAUGUUCCUUUAAUAAAUCAGCAUAUGUGAGCCAUUUCCCUUUCUUUCCAAGUGGUUUGAGCAGUAAUGCUUCAUGUGAUGAAAGCCACCACGGGGUCUUUUGUUCCAAUAAGUCUUUGUAUCUCUCCCAUACUCUCAUUAGUGAUUUCCUGAUUAUAUGGUUGUAAAAACUUCUAUGAACCUUUCCUUUCCCGAACCAUAAGUAUGCGUGCCAGCCAAAUCUGUUAUCACGUCCUUCUAGUUCUAAUGCCUCUUGCUUAUCCAAUCUCAUCCAGUCCCUGAUCCAUACCAAACAAGCAGAUUCAUAAUACAAUUUAAGGUCUGGGAGGGCAAACCCGCCUCUAUCUUUUACAUCUGUAAGUAUUUUAUGUUUUAUCCUUGGCUUUUUGCCCCCCCCCCGAUAAAUCUUGAAAUCUCUUUCUGCCAUUUUUUAAAGCAUUCAUCUUUCAGGAUGACUGGUAUUGAUUGAAAAAGAAAUAGCAUUUUUGGCAGCACAUUCAUUUUAAUCGCCAAUAUUUUUCCUAACAUUGAGAGAUUCAUUCUGCUCCAUAUUUCUAAAUUUCUUUUUACCUCAAGCCAAAUUUUUCCAUAAUUAUUUUUAAAUAGGUUUAUAUUUCUUGAUGUUAACCAAAUCCCUAAAUAUUUAACCUUUUUAUGGACAUCAAUCUCAAUGUUUUGUUCUGAUUCGGUUCUUUCUUCUUCCUUCAUGUUUUUAACUAAUAAUUUAUUUUUAUUCCUAUUUAGCUUAAAUCCUGCCACUUCUGCAAAUGCAUUUCCUAAACAAAGAUUUAAUAUUUUGAAAGUAUUUGCUUGGUAUGUGAAUUGGAAUUUCUUUUAAGAUAUAAACUAGGUAUUAUGUUCAGUUUAAGAGCUUUGACUUUCCCCCAGAGGGUCUGGUUCAAUGACUGCUGUCUGUCGAUAUCCAUUGAUAAGUCAUGAUACAUUUUGUUGAUGUUUAACGAUGCUAAUUUAGAUAAAUCUUGUGGUAAUAAUAACACACGGUUGACUCAUGUUCAGCUUGUGGUCCACCAAGACCCCUGGAUCCUUUUCGCAUGUACUGCUACUUAGCCAUGUGUCCCCCAUCUUCUAUUUGUGCAUCUGGUUCUUCCUGCCUAAGUGCAGAACCUUCCCUGUUGAAAUUCAUUUCAUUAGCUUGGGCCCAGCUAUGGAGAGUGCCCAGCUAUGGGGCUGUACUGUUGAGUCUGGGUCAAGACAAAUAAGGACUUGCUUUACUAAACUAUAGUCACUCUUGUGUCUGCUUCUUCCUUGGCUCUCAUUCCCACACAGAACAACAUGCGUGUGAGCAGGGUACAGGGCCUCCUACUGGUGGCUGGCAUCUUGACUUACUUGCUGAUGGGUGCCCUCAUCUUUGAGCUUCUGGAGAAGGAUCACUACCUAAAAAUGGAAGAUGCAAUGUUUCAGCUGAAAGAGGAUUUUUUUUUGAACUACACCUCUCUCAGCCCAGAAGAGGUGGAAUUAGUCAUACAGGUAAGGCAUUACUUCAGCAAGACUGAAAGGGAUGACCGUGGCAUGACACCAGAGGUUAAGAGGUCAGAAAGUAUCUAUGGGGGGAAUACAGUUUAGGAGGUGGGAAUUGAGGUGGGGACAGAAUCAGUAAGCAGCAUAGAACCAUAAGGACUCACCCUUCCUACUAGCCAUUAUGGCUCUGUUCUGCCAACACUGUUGGGGGCAGCAUGGGCUUCUCUACACUGAGCUUUCCUCCACUCUUUCCAGGCAUGGCCAUGAUUUAAAGCUCCGUGUCUGAGCACCAUUUCGUUGCUCUGGGGCUUUCCACGUGAAAACCAGCUUGUUAACGGCAAUCCAUUGAAAACCCAAAUUGACUUUUGCUCCGAUUCAUCUAUAAAGAGCAGGUUUUUGUUAGUAUUAGUACUGUAUUUGUUGGGAAAUGUAUUUUGCAAAGAAUAAAUUAGGGAAAGGAGAACAUACUUCAUGUAGCAGCUGCAAAACAGGUGACUCCAAUCAAGGUCACAGAAAAGCUGAAUCAUUGCCACGGAAAACCCAAAUUUACAUUUCCUCCAAUUCAGUUGUAAAGAGCGGGUUUUUGUUAAUAUUUGUACAUUUGAACCUUGGUUGUGGAACUUAAUCUGUUCCGGUAGUCCGUUCGACUCCCAAAAUGGUUUGAAAACCAAGGCGUGGUUUCCGAUUGGCUGCAGGCACAUCCUGCACUCAAUCAGAAGCCGUGGAAGCUGUGUCAGACAUUUGGCUUACGAAAAACAUUCGCAAACCGGAACACUCACUUCUGGGUUUGCAAUAUUUGGGAGCCAAAAUGUCAGAGUACCAAGGCAUUAAAAAACCAAGGUUCAACUGUACUAUAUUUGUUGGGACACGUAUUUUAUAAAAAUAUAUUGGGAAAAGGAGAACAUACGUCAUGUAGCAACUGCAAAACAGGUGACUCUGUUCAAGGUCACAGGAAAGCUGAAUCAUUGUCUGGUAACUGCCUUGAAAAGUGUGUGCUUGUGCCUUAGAACAGAGGGUGGGAGAUGGGGUAGUCUCACCAUUGUUUGGUUGACUGAGAAUAUGGGAGAGCCAAUACUCCAAGCAGACUCUGUCCAGAAGAAUUUAGGAAGACAGGGAAGCCAAGGGGUAAUGAUUUAUGCAUUGCUACUAAAGUGUAUGUUUUUUGGAGCAAGAAGACCAAACCCUCUCUUGGACUCAAGGGAGAGAAACACUUAGUAUUGAACUUGAGAUAUAAACAACACAGCUUGUUAUAGUGUUGCCAUCAGUGUUAUUGGAGUGCGGCCUUUGCCUGGAAAGAGUGGAGGAAAAGUUGAGUGUGCAUAAGCCCUAUGCCUACCAGUUACUGGGGGUGACAAGUGAGGGGAGGGCUGUUGUGCUCAGGUCCUGUUUGUGGGCUUCCCAUGAGCACUGGGCUGGCCACCGGGGGAAGAACGUGCUGGACUGAUCUAGAAGAACUUCCCUUCUGAAUGCAUAGCGAUUUGGUAAUCAGAGGAGGGGCUAUUCUUAUUGUUGGAAUAUUCAAACUGAGUCUUGCCUUCAAUUGCAGAAACUGGUAAAAUAUGUUCAGAUGGGAGUAGAACCUAUAGGAAGACUUGGUGAUGAAGAAAGGGCCAGCUGGGAUUUCAGUACUUCUUUCUUCUUCGUGGGCACUAUGUUAUCCACAAUAGGUACUGUCAUUUGGUUCUGGCUUCUUCACGAAUAUAGUAUGCAGGGCAUUCAACUGCUCUCAGAUAAAUUGUGUAAAGCUGCAGGCUUUGCUUUUGCUCCUUCAUCAUCCUUCACAUCUCAUUUUUGUCUUUCCAUUUCUGGCCAAAUAAAUAGUUCAUUUAUUAUAUGCCCAACAAGACCAUUCCCUGAUUAGUUAUUUAUUCCCCACCCUUCUGGGGCCAACCCAUUAUUAAAACCACCCUGUGGAAAGUAGUUGGGCUAGGAAAUGAGUUCAAAUCCCACCUGGUGCAACUGACCCAAUGCCAGGUCUCCCAAUGCAAAUCCGUCCCUCUCAGCACAGCCCUAUGCAUUCAGUGGGACUUGCUCCCCAAUAUAUUUGCAUAGGAUUGCAACUUCUUUCCAGUUAGCUACAAAAUACACUCAAGAAACCACACACCCUUUUUGUCUGGAUGAAUGCCUUCAAUGCAGAAAACCAUGCACUGAAUGAGUGGGAGAACCUACCUUAUUAGCACUGUUUAAUCCAGAGCUUUCAAAACUUUUCAUGUUGGUGACACACUUUUUAUACAUGCAUCAAUUUGUGACACGGUAAUUCAGUUUUACUAGCAAGCUGGUGGUUAAACUAAGCCCUUUCCAGAGUUGGCAUGACCUACACACUGCAGCCAACACGCUAACAUGUUGCGACACACAGUUUGGAAAGCUCUGGUUAAGCUUUUUGGUGUGAAGCACAAAUUGGGAUUCCAAACAACAGAUUGAAGAACUAGGCCACAACCAACAAGAUGCAUUUCAAUAGGGGCAAAUGUAAACUUCUGCACUCAGGCAGGAAGAACCAGCUGCACAUAUAUAAGAUGGGGGACAUCUGGCUUACUAGUAGUACAUGUGAAAAGGAUCCGGGUUUUUGGUGGCUGCAUCAACUGAAGUAUUGUAUCCAGAUCAAGGGAAGCAAUAGUACCACUCUAUUCUGUCUUGGUCAGACCACCCCUGAAAUACUGUGUUCUGUUUUGGCCACCACAAUUUGAGAAGGAUUUUGGCAAGCUGGAACAUGUGCAGAGAAGGACAGCCAAGAAGAUCAAGGGUCUGGAAACCAAGCCUUAUGAAGAAUGGUUGAAGAGACUGACAGAAGAUAUGAGAACCAUCUUCAAAUAUCUCAAGGGCUGUCACAUGGAAGAGGGAGCAUGCAUGUUUUUUCUUGCUCUGGAGAAUAGGACUCGAGGCAACGGCUUCAAAAGACAAGAAAGAGAUUCCGACUAAACAUCAGGAAAAACUUCUGACAGUAAGAGCUUUCUGAUAAUAAGGGUUGUUUGACAAUGAAACACACUCCAUCAUGAGGUUGUGGGUGUUAGUUUCUGUGUGUUGCCACUGUGCAGUUGCUUGGAGUCACAAGACUCUGUUUUGCAUUCCAGAGAUUCCAUACUGUUGGAAGUCUCACGGGAGACGGGAGACAGAUGUGACAUUACUGGUUUCCUGUUCCUUUGUUUGUUCAGUUGCUCUCUGCUCUCACAGAGAGACGAUGUAUUUCUUUUCUGUCUCCAUAGCUUAGUAAUAAAACUCUUAGCAUGUAGCUCAUACUUCUCGUCCUUCCCUGUGCUGGAUACUCUGCGUAAUGGGAAUAUGCUUGGAGCCUUAUAAGAGGCUCAGGUCGUUAAUUACUGUCGGAGGCGAUUCCGGAGGAGCUUGGAGGAGCUCGGUCGAACGGAGAUUCCGACAUUUUUGGUUUUGGGCCCAGAAGAACAGAAUGCAGAUUAUCUUCUCUGCGUGUCAAGAAGAUUGAUGGGAGGUAGGUGCUCAUUACCCCGGGAAGCCUGCCAGUCCCUAAUUAAUUGGCAAUAAGGGUGGACUUUGAACUUCAAGCCAAAGCACUAACCGGCUGCGGCAGAAGGGUGCUGUUUGAAAUGCAGCUGCUGGGAAACAGACUUAGCUUGCUUUAAAGAUACAAUGGCCAAUCCAAAAGUACAGGAGGCUCUUCAAUUUGUGAUGGGGAUACCAAAGCUCUCAAAAGGGAAUUAUCAGGAAUGGGUGCAGUAUGCAGAAGCCCUGCUAAGAAAAGAGUGUCUGUUUAAUGUCAUAACAGACGCGCGCGCCCCAGCUCCAGUUACCCAAGAGUGGGAGGCUAAGGAUUCCAAAGCAAGGGGAACUCUAACGCUUAUUGUGUCCCCUGAAGAGUUUUGUCUGUUGCGUGACAAGGCCUCAGCCAAAGAGAUGUGGGACAGUCUCCAACAGUCACAUUUAAGAACAGAGGUGGGAGCUUCUUUGUUCUUUUAUGCCAAGUUGCAUGAUAUGGCACUUGCUGAUGGAGCAGAUGUACAUGCUCACCUCAUGGAAAUGCAGAAUCUAAGGCAUGAGUUGCAACAGCGUGGAAUCACUUUUCCAGAGGCUGUGUAUUCCUUCAUGAUUCUACAUUUUUUGGGUUCAAGUUGGGAAGCGAUUGCCAGCCAGCUUGCUGUUUUGCCUACUGCUCAGCUCACGGUAGUGCAUGCUACUGCUGUGGUGUUGAAUGAAGCGGAUCGGUGUAGUGCUAGCUGCAUCACUAAGGGGGAGUCCUCACAGACGUCAUCCCAGAAUGCAGUGCAACCACUAGAUGGUGCCAAAGCUUUGAAGGCAGUGAAAUGCUACUAUGUGGGCAUCUAGGCCACGUGAAGGGGGAAUGUAAACAUCCCAAUGCCAAGGCAACAGAGCAACGCAGCGAAAGUUCAACGUGUGGAAAAGGCAAAGGUCAGAAGUCCAGGACAAUGCAACACAAGACCAUGGUCUCACGCUACACUCCAAAGGUCCAGAAGACAUCUAGAUCUUUCUUUAUCAUAGACUUGGGAGCCACCCGGCACGUCUGCAAAGACAAACACCUGUUCGUGUCCAUUACUCUGCAGGAAGGUGCGGUUCACCAAGCGGAUGACCACAUGAUCUCCAGUCAAGGCUACGGAACGGUUGUGCUUCACAGUUUGGAUGCAUCAGUAUGCAGCGUUCUUUUUGUUCCAGAUGCUGCACACAACCUAUUUAGCGCCUCGCAGCUGACUGAACAGGACAUAGAUGUUUCCUUCAAGAAGAGGAAGUGCACCAUCACCAAGAAAGAUGACUUUGUAUUGCAUGCUGAUUAUGUUGAUCAUUUGUUUGUAUUACAUUAUGAUGAUUCUGUUGAUGUUGUGCAGGAUGAAACUUGUAUUGCAAAUACUAAGGUUUUGCAUGCAGGAUGUAUUCAUGAUUAUCACAGGAAACUUGGUCAUUUAAACUUCGAGGCAGUUUCCAAAAUGCCUGCCUUAGUUGAAGAUAUGACUAUUAAACGCUGCAGGUACCACAUGAAAUGUAAGGAAUGCGCAGCAAACAAGGUCAAAAUUACUGCGAAAGGUAAGGUAUCUAGUAGACAAGCUACAGAACCAUACCAGGUAGUGCAUGCUGAUCUCGUUGGUCCACUAACACCCCCUUUGGGUGAAGCCAGGUACUUCAUGGUUCUCAUUGAUUCAUAUUCCAGAUAUAUUCAUGUGUUCAAUCUCAAGCAGAAAUCAAAAGCAUUUCCUAGGUUCAAGGAAUUCUGUGCUUGGUUGAAAAAUGUGCAUGAUAAACAGGUGAAAUGUUUAUUUACAGAUCGAGGGUGAGAAUUCACUUCUCAAAAGUUUUAAGCUUUUCUGACUGAGAAAGGAAUUCAACAUGACCUUUCAAGUCCACGGUCUCCUUGGAUGAAUGGACUUUGUGAAAGGGUAAUUCAAACAUUACUUCAAGGCUUGAUAACCUUGCUGCAUGACGCCAAUCUUACAGAGUUAUUGGGCAGAAGUGCUCAGCUGUUUUGUUUAUACUUAUAAUCGCAUAUUGUCAUCACCGAUUGGUUGUACCCCCUAUGAAAAGAUGUUUGGCAAGAAACCAUACAUCAAGCACAUGAGAAUUUUUGGUUCUGACAUGUGGGUUCACACACCACAAAGCUCCAAGUUAGGCAAACGUGGUUUGCAUGGUAUCUUUCUAGGAUAUCAGAAAGGUUCUUACAGAGUAAUGAUGACUGACUCUAAUACAGUUAGGCUCACUAGAAGUGUUGAGUACAAUGGCAAGUAGGGGGAGAAUGUGGGAAUUUUCCAAUGUUAUCCUGAUGACAGUGAAGAGUCUGAGGAUAAACAGCAGCAAAGCCCCACACUCACUGAUGAAGGUUCUGAUUCUGAAUCUGAAACUGACUCAAAUGACUCAGAGGAUUUCAAGAGUGCUAAGGCCUCUCUGCGACCCUCUGAAGGCUCUGAUCGAGAAUUGGAGGAACCACUGUUCACUAUAGGCAGUGGGUUCUGCUUAACUGGAGGUUUUUAAGCAGAGGUUGGAUGGCUCUAGUUGAGAUUUCUGCAUUGCAGAGGUUUGAACUAGAUUACUCUUGGGGUUCCUUCCAACUCUUCAAUUUUACAAUUCUGUGACUAUGAAUUGCCAGAAGCUUGGUGGUUUUUUCCUCUGAGUUCAUUUCCACCUGUGCACAAGAUCCUUUCUCUAUCUCUGCCAUAUGUUGAUCAGUAUUUCCCCCCAAAGGUCCUGUGAAUUCUUUAGUCUGGUCUUUCUCUGAUCCAUUUUCAUUCACCAUUCUGUGCAUCUCAUCUUUGAGCUCUUGCAAUUGCUCAUCCAAUAAUUGUGGGAUGAUACUAACAAUCAAUGGUGCAUUCAGCCGUGUCUUUGCCAUAUUGAGUUCUGUUCAUCACUCCCUUAGCAGCCCCUGCUUUGAAAACUUGUGUCUGUCCCUUUAGGUAAACAGUGCAUUCCAUUCCAACGGUUUGAGGUUGAAUUCCAACAAGACCGAAGUAUUGUUUUUGCAGAACAGGGGAAGCUAGCCAGAGUGGCUAGGGGCAACCCAGUCAGAUGGGCGACACAUAAAUAAUAAAUUGCAAUUAUAUUAUUAUUCCCAUGCUAAUGGGUUCAAUCUCACUGAAGGGAUGGAGAGUUAAAAGUAAUAUAAGAUGAAGAUUUUAAACUAACCAGAUCAUCCCAAUCAUCCGAUAAUUUAAGAUAAGCUUUUUUGCUUUGUUUUUCAGCCUCUUAAAUAAUGCCUCUUCUUACACCAGCAGCCAAUUUGCAUUCUGGAUAAGAAUUAAUUAAUAAGAAGUAAUUGGCAGAUAGAUCAGCCAAGUCUUAAUUGAGGCCAAUUGCAAAGGAAACUAAAAUGGAGGUUUUUCUGAGCAGAAGACUUACCCUGAGGGCUAUUAUGGGGUAUCUGGGCACAAUGGUGGUUCCUCUGUCUAAGACGCUCCUUGCAUGCCCUAUUUCAUCACCAAAGACAUAUCAUCAAAUACAUUUCUAAAUUUAUCCCAAAAUAAAUAAGUUUUUUGUAAUUAAUUUUUUAAUCCAAUAACUGUAUCACAAAUUUUGAAGAACUGAAAAAUCUGAAGGUUAAGCAUGUUCCAGUUCACAGGCAAGGCCAGGUCACACUAGAAUUGAGAGAAAUCAAAUUCCUUGAGCAUUCUUAAAGUCUUUAGGGGCUUGGGAAUUGCAACUUAUUUUAGCCAUGACGGUCACGAAUGGAGGAACUCAGCUCUCUCCUCACUGCAGAUCAACCUACACUUGUUUUGAUUAUCAUGAAAAUGCUGUGACCGCCACAUUUUCAUGACAAAUAUAUUAUCAAUCUUUUGGGGUUUUUUAAAGGGUUGCCAUGAUGAGCCUCCAUUUCACCCAAUGUUUCACAAGGUCUCCGAAGUCAUACCUGCACACUUGGCCUCUUCCAUUGCAUCUCAGGUCAGUUCUUCCACAGUGGGCCUGUCCGGUUCAAGGAACAGGAGGGAGACACUUGAAGCUCCCACAUCAUUAUGCCUGGAGGAAGUUUCUUUGUUUGAAACUGUUAAUUGCCCCAAGUGCACUGGCACAAAGGAAGUCAAUAUGUGCAUUACAUAAAAUAAAUACAUUGGGCUGUAUCCAAGGCUGCCAUUUUGGUCAUGCACAGACCUCUGCUUGCACAAUGAAGCUUAUCCCUCUUCUCCUCACUGCACCCCUCUUAGCACCCUCAAAGUCUGUUCCAGAGGGUAUGGGGAUCCUCUGGAGCAGAUUUGGGGGCUGUGCAGGAGAGAGGAAGGAAGCAGCAGUCAGUCUCAAUGCACAAGAAGCUCUCCACUGGAAACAACCUUUCGUAGGGACCCUGCUCUGUAACUUCUCUAGGCAAUUGGCAAAUCGACAGUUGCUGACGUCCUUUGCAACCCUUUCUUAAUCUUUCAACAGGCUAUGGAAACCUCUGUCCCCAAACGAAAGAAGGUCAGCUCUUUUGUGUUCUUUUUGCUCUCUUUGGAAUCCCCUUCAACCUCAUCUGCUUUAACUAUAUUGGCACUUCAAUCUCAAGACUCUUCGAAAGCUGUGCAGAGAAAGUGUAUGGGAAAGGAAAGAAGGUAAUUCAGCUACUUUAUCUGGAGAUAAUGUCUAAUCUUACCAAUCACAAGACUGAGGCCGACAUAGACUGCUAUAGACAUAGACAGCACUCAGGUCCUGUUUGCAGGUUUCCUGUGGGCAUCUGGUCAGCUUUCAUGAGAACAGGACCCUCAACUAGAUGGGCCCUUGCCUGAUCCAACAGAUCUCUUCUUCUAUUAUAUUGCAUAUACAUAUGCAUAUCUGAUUAGCUGCCUCUAUAAGAGGUGGAACACAAGGAUAAAUUAGACAUGUGCAUUAUGCCAUCUGAGGAAGAUAAACUUGAACUGUGCCUUCAAUUAGGAAUGAAAUACCACCGUAGAGCUUGGCCACCAUGAAUUGUGACAUCAGCAGGAAAUUGUGCUCCAGAUGAAGUUUAAUGGGUGGAAUUAUUAUUAUUUAUCUGUUAACGCAGCCUAAAAUAACAGUGCAUGGCUGAAGGUCAAGAGGACUGAACUCUGUUGCAUCAAACCUGCCUUUUUUCUUUUCUUUUCUUGCUUUAUCUUUCAGCAAUCAGCAAGAUACAUUUUCGUGUUCGUGGUUAUGGGAAUUCUAAUGUUUCUUAUUUUGCCAUCAUUCUUCUUUCAAUGGAUGGAGGGCUGGGCUUAUUAUGAAGCUAUCUAUUUUACAUUUGUUACACUCAGCACCAUUGGUUUUGGAGACUAUAUAAUAGGUAAGGCUUUCAAAAUACUUUGAUAUUGUGGGCUUAACUGAUUGUACAGAUAAAGCGAGGUCAUUUGUGGCCUCAAGGUACUGGUGGCAGUAAUAGGCAAACUGUCCCCAAUCCCAUCCCCACUAAUUCCCCUGCCGCACCACCCAUUAUUCCACCACGCAGCACAAAACCUCCAGAUUAAAACCUGGCAAACCAAAGGCUUAUAUUGCCUAAUAGACUUCUAGAAAAAUAACAAACCCUUGUCAACACAAGAAAUACAAGACAAACUAGAAGACACCCAAAUGCCCUGGUUAACACAUCACCAAUUGCAUACCCUCUUAAACAAUCCAGCAGUAAAAUCAACAGCAACUAGGCCUCUGACAACCUUCAAAACCUCCUUCUAACAACAAAGGGACAGGUAGAGGAAUGGUAUCCAGAAUAUACAAAAUACUACUAUAAAAUCCCACGAACUCCCUAGACGCAAUCAAAAAACAAUGGGAGGAUGACGUAGGCUAUGUGAUUAACCCCACUCAAUGGAACAAAAUGUGUUCUAAACCCCCCUUUAAAUCCAUAUCAACAAAAAGAAAAGAUCUCACCCUGAAACUCACCUACAGGUGGUACCUAACACCAAGAAAACUAGCUAAUAUGCCCAGGAACCUCACCAAAAUGCUGGAGAGGGUGCACAUCCACAGGCACAUACCUCUACAUGUGGUGGGAGUGCCCUAAAACCCAACUAUUCUGGACAAGAACCAUACGAGAGAUAAGUAAAAUAACCAAGCAGGUAUUAGAAACCACCCCAGAAUUAGCCUUACUAAACAUCUUCCAAGACAAUAAUGCCCACUUACACCGCAAAGAACUCAUAACCCACCUACUUUAAGCAUCCAGAAGCAUCAUAGCCAGACACUGGAGAGACCUGUCAGGAGUAAGCAUGGACCAAUGGUACCAAAUAGUAUGGGAAACAGCCUGACUAGAAAAAUUAUCCAAUAAACUGAAACUGACAAGGGGACAAAUAGAAGAAGACACCUUCAACCCGGUAUGGCUCCCCUUUAUCACGUACACAGCCCAACAAGACAAUGACAAAAACCCAUCAACAGCAUACAAAUCAAUAUGGCUAACCUGAUCCAAAACACCCACCCACCCCACUCACACAUGAAAACAAAGAGCACCACAGCCAACCUCAAAUGAAUAACCACAUCCUAGGCCAACCCCAACCUCUCUCACCACCAAAGGAACACAAGUGAACAGCAAAGAACCUGCUCAAGCAAUGCUGACACCAAACCCCACAUAUAUUAAGUAAAAUAGAAACGUCGCCACCCGACCCCAACCCCACUCAUCUUCCUCCCCUUUUCUUCCUAAUGUCUCAACAAAUGAAACUGAUUUGUAAAAAUGUUACAUGGAAAAAAUACGAGAGAGAGACAUUGCACACACUUUUGUAAAUCAAUAAAGUCUUUAAUUAAAAAAAGGGGGGGAAGGUACUGGUGGCAACCAAUCUGCUGUACUGAAGAAUAUGAAAGCUCAGUUCAGGUUUCAUAAGAAAUGAUGACUUGCAAUGAUUAUAAUCUGGAACCCAAACCAUAUUUUAAGUUUCUCAAGUACAGACCCUCCAAGUAUCCCUAUUUUCCAGGAACAGUUCUGGAUUUACAGAAGCCAUCCCAAAGAGUACUCAUCAAUGGUUCCUCAACAUCCUGGAAAAAAGUGACAAGUGGUGUGCCACUGGGUUCUGUUCUGGGCUUGUUGUUGUUCAAUGUCUUUAUAAAUGCUUGGCUGAAUGAACUGAGAGGAUGCUUCUCAAAUGUACAGAUGACACCGAACUCGGAGGGGUAGCUAAUGUCACAGAAGACAGAAUCACAAUUCAAAAUGACCUUAACAGAUUGGAGAACUGGGCACAAGCUAACAAAAUACAUUUCAAUAGGGACAAAUGUAAGGUUCUGCGCUUAGUCAAGAAAAACCAGCUGCACAAAUAUAGGAUGGGGGACACCUGGCUUACUUGCAGUACAUGCAGAAAGGAUCUAGGGGUCUUGGUGGACCACAAGCUUAACAUUAGUCAACCGUGUGAUGCAGCAGUGUGUGUGUGUGUGUGGGGGGGAGCUAACUCUAUUCUCGGCUGCAUCUGUAGAAGUAUAGUGUCCAGAUCAAGGGAAGUAAUAGUACCACUCUAUUCUGCCUUGGUCAGAACACACCUAGAAUACCGUGUCCAGUUCUGGGCACCACAGUUUAAGAAGGCUGUUGACAAGUUGGAGCAUGUGCAGAGAAGGGCAGCCAAGAUGAUCAAGGGUCUGGAAACCAACCCUUAUGAGGAAUGGUUGAAGGAGCUGGAUAUGUUUAGCCUGGAAAAGAGGAGGCUGAGAGGAGACAAGGUAGCCAAUCUCAAAUAUAUCAAGGGCUGUCACAUGGAAGAGGGAGCAUGCUUGUUUUCUCUUGAUCUUUAGAGUAGUAUAAUGAUCUCAGGCAGUCAGAUGGCUCCAGUAUGCAGUAACGAGCCUCUGGAAAAUUCAUGUACCUUUAUUUACAGGUCAAAGAAACAAAGCGCGGCACACACCAAUCAUUCUCUGGUAAUCAGGUGCUCAGUCUGAGUUUCUGUUCCUCAGACAACACAAGGUUUGACAAUGUCUGGCCCUGCUCCUCUGACCCUUACAUAGCCUUCUCACCCUCUCCUCCCUCCUGCUGUGAGGAGACCAUAGGAACUCCCUCUUUUUGUUCUCCACUGAAGAUUCCCCUGAAUUCUCUUGCCUUCAUGUUUGCCUAGUAACCUCAAGUUGUCUCUCCCUUGGGUCUCAUUCUCUGUUACUCUGCCAACUUUGUAAGACUGAGAAGGAAGGGGGUCAAGUUAACCCACUCCUGUCUUGCCUGUGAUUGUGUUCUCUCAUUGUCCAAGUCAGACCCCUCCCAUUCGUCUGACCCUGCUAGAUCCCUGACAAGUAGGACUCAAGCCAAUGGCUUCAAGUUGCAAGAAAGAAGAUUCGGACUAAACAUUUGGGGGAAAUUGUGACAGUCAGAUCUGUUCGGCAGUGGAACAGACUCCCAUGAGAGGUGGUGGACUCUCUUUCCCUGGGGUAUUUUAAGCAGAGGUUGGAUGGCCAUCUGUCAUGGAUGCUUUAGCUGAGAUUCCUGCAUUGCAGAGGGUUGGGCUGGAUGUAUCAAACAUAAAAGAAAAGAAAAUGCCCAGUAUGUUUUCCUGGACAGUGAUUUUGCACCUUUCUCUUGGUUGGAACUGCAACUUCACCCCCAUUGUUCAGCCCGGACACUGAGGUCCAUCUCCGUGGGCCUUCUGAUGGGUCCCUCACUGCAAGAAGUGAGGUUACAAGGAACCAGGAAGAUGUCAAGGAGAUAAAGAACUACACAACCUUUAGAAGACAUCUGAAGGCAGCCCUGUAUAGGGAAACAAAAUACAGUGGUACCUCGGGUUAAGUACUUAAUUCGUUCCGGAGGUCCGUUCUUAACCUGAAACUGUUCUUAACCUGAAGCACCACUUUAGCUAAUGGGGCCUCCUGCUGCUGCUGCACCACUGGAACCCGAUUUCUGUUCUUAUGCUGAAGCACUAUUUCUGGGUUAGCGGAGUGUGUAACCUGAAGCGUAUGUAACCUGAAGCGUAUGUAACCCGAGGUACCACUGUAAAAAAAUUCCUUCCAGUAGCACCUUAGAGACCAACUAAGUUUGUUAUUGGUAUGAGCUUUCGUGUGCAUGCACACUUCUUCAGAUGUAUAUCAAUAACAAACUUAGUUGGUCUCUAAGGUGCUACUGGAAGGAUUUUUUUUAUUUUGUUUCGACUACGGCAGACCAACAUGGCUACCUACCUGUAAAUGUACAGUGAAGUUUGUAAUGUUGUAUGUUUUAUAAUGUUUUGAUAUAUGCUGGAAGCCUCCCAGAAUUCCUGGGGAAGCCCAGUCAGAUGGAUGGGGUACAAAUAUUAUUAUUAUUAAGCAGGAAGUUAUAGGAUGUGCACAGAUUGGGAAUGUGGUAGGGCAACCACCCCAAAGCUUUUGCAGGCCAAAACAGCAUCAUGUGCCCAAACCAUCACGAAUAGGCAAUAAUAAGGACAUUGGCAGUUUCCUGUGUUCGUCUUCCCACAAUUCAGUGGCAGAAAUGUCUUUUAAAUGUAUGGUGUGAAUGUGAGCUAACGAAGUUUAGAUAAACUGAAUUGGUGAGUCCUUUAAAUCACCUCCUCACACAUUCUUGUUGCUUUUCUCUGUGUCUCCAGGGAUUAAGCAGGACAGGACGUAUUUUCCGGGCUACCGGGUGCUCGGAGCCGCUUGGAUCGUCGUUGGUCUGGCCUGGAUAGCUGUGCUCUUUCAACGGGUAUCUUCAUUCCUGGCACCUGUGGAUCCAAAAGCAAGCUCACCUAAAAAGAGUAAACGGUGA